CCUUGGCAAACGCAACUCGAAUCCAUAUCUUUCGCACCAUUCACGACCAUCGCCCAAGAUGCUACCCUCCUCUCUCAAGACUAUUUACCAACAGUACAAAGCCGACACAGACUCUGUCGCCAACUGGCUCGCCACAACUGCCAAGGACAACGGUUACGCAGACAAGGCUCCAAGCUCCAACAAUGUGCUGGUCCAGCCAGGCAGACCGAAGGGCCAACCUCGAAAACAAGCCAAAGGUGCAAAUCGGCCUCGGCCAGGAAACUCGGCAAACAAAACUUCGCGGAUCAUCAGGAUCAGGGACUUUGAACCCAUGGCAAGCUUCAUCGCCAAGAUAGAUUCCGUCAAGGUUCCCGAUCACUUGGCUGUGGCCCUGGAGCGCGUUAUCUGGGUACGCAAGAGUUUUUCGCAACGGCUUGCUGACAGUGGAGCCAAAGUCGACCUCGCCUCAGACGAACGACAUUCUUUCUUUGUCGGGCCAUUCAUGGGAACUGGCGGCUUCAAUAUUGACGAAGCGGCUAAGAAGGCUGGCGAUAAAUCUCAGAAUCCUUUCAAGAACAUGUUUGACGUUCUCAAAGUGUACACCCCAUCCGAAGCAUUCUUGAACGCUCCAGAUGUUGCUGCCAAACCCGCAACCGAUUUGAAGUAUACUGCCGAACAGGACGAGUCCGCCGAGGAUGCCUUCUUUGCUCUUUUCGCUCUUUUGGGUGACUAUAGCCGCCUCCGGGAAGAGAUUAAGUCACUCAUGGAAGACGAAGUUAUGCCUAUAGUAAAUAAACACGGCGGCGCAGACAGCAUUCUUACUUCGUCCUUCGUAGAGUUAUGCGCAUUAUCCGGCAUUGACGCACUGGGUAACAAGCAGCCAGGUGAUUCUUACAACUUGAAAGCCUAUAAUCUGGCCCAGGCCUGUCUGAUAAACACCACCAGUGUUCUUAAUGGUUAUGUAAAAGGCAAUUCGGGCGACCUCAUCGUUACCAACUACAACGGCAAGUUCGGCUGGUAUGACGAAGUGCUUGGUGCCAAGGGGCAGACCAACCGCGCAAAGUGGGAUCAGGAUAAGACUGCAAUGAUGGAGGUCCUGCCAGACCUGCAAUUCCUCUCGUCGAAUCUGGGAACAGGAGCGGUUGAAGACGAACUGAUCCGUGGCGUUGGUGCUCUAAUGAACGGUCCCAGCAAUAUUUAUCUUGAUGUCCUACAGUCCCUCGGGUCAAACUGCGGCCGUGGCUUUGACGAGAUGAAACAGGAAAGCCUCAAGAUCAAGAAGGCAAUGCUCGACGUCCCCAGCUCGCAGGAACGCAACUGGGUCAUCAAAGCCGCUACAAAGUGGGACAAGGAUCCUAUUUGGACAUGCCGCCAACAAAUGACACAAUUAGGGCUGUUACCCAACAACAGUCCCCCGGCAUGGAGGUUUCUGCGUCGCAACCCGAUUCACUGCGGCCUGCUCCUCCACAAUAUGCGUGUGAAUCUACACCUCUCGGGCGCAGCAUACGCAGCAACUCCAGGAGGAGUCAUGUAUACGACACAGCUAUACCACGCUCUUCGCCAGGAGAAACUUCUUCCAGACCAACUCGUAUGGGAAGAUCUCGAAACUUUUUGGAAGAUGCAGGGUGACUCGGCGAUCUUUGUCGGCGAUCCGCCUACGAACCGCGAGGACUACUUCAGGAAUUACUGUCUUUGCCUCGGCGUGUCCGCCAGUAACUGGGCGCCAACCAAGCGGAAGGGCAAAGUCAAUGUCAACACCGCAAACAGGCGCAACAUGAAGCACAAGGGGUGGGUGUCGUUGGUGAUCAACCGCCGUCUCGCGCCGACUGGAGAACGUCCCCCGUUGUCGUCUGACCUGAUUGGAGGCAUCUUGAUUGAGGGUCGCCGCCAUGAGGCUUUGGACGGCAAAGGGCAUAUCCGGCCAGAGGUCAAGGAAAGAGCGAAGAAUGAGACUAUCGACCCAGUGACGCUCUUACCUACUGUUCUUAUUCGCAAGCUUGCCCUAAACAUACACGCCGAGGUCCCCGACAUCCUGCCUUACGUGGUGGGCUACGUCUUUUCCACCGCUGCAGGCCGUACAGGCUUGACAAGCGAGGAUAAGGGCGAGGCUGUGGAUGCCGGGAUCGAUGCCGCCGCAAAGCUUAUGCGCAAAUUCUUGGAAGACGGACGUGGACGAGUUGUUAAGGAGCAAGCUGAGACGGAGGUUCGGCCGGAGGAGCUGAAAGAUGCGGACUUUGGUGACUUGGACCCGUGGAGGAUGGAUAGGAUGAUGACGAAGAUCAAGAAAGAGAGUCAAACUGGUGGGGGUAGAGGAGGAGCCGGAGAGGAAUGCCCCAUGCAGUGA